AUGGAUGAAGGUUUCUCAGAUGAUGACAGCGAUAGAGAGGAAUUUUCUCAUUCUCUUGAAUUCGAUUCCCUCCUCUUUGAAAGUUCAGUUGAUGGGGAACAAAAUGCCUCUGGGGACGAGUUUGAAGAAGAUGAAGAUUUGGACGAUGAUAAGGACUACGAUGAUGAAGAGGACGAAGGUGAUUUAGUUCGAGACGAUGUACCGCCUUUUUUUGGUCGGAGACUACUUCAGUUGAAUGCUGGAAAGAAGCAAAAACGCCAGGUGGGUGGUAAAAAGCAGGCCUCUAAGGGAGAAACCAUUGGAGAUUACCUCAAGGACGAUGACGGUGAUGGUGUGCCAAAUUACCUCGACAAAGAUCACAAACUUUACAAAGCUGAAGGUAUCAAAAGGCCGGCAUCGUGUUCAAAGAAGGACGGGUCGUGUAAACAAGCGAAUGCCUCAAAAUUCAAACCUUUGACCCAGGACACUGAUCGAGAUGGAAUUCCGGAUUAUCUUGAGGAUGAAGAUGGAGACGGAAUUCCAAAUUAUCUCGAUGAAGAUGCUCCAAACUUCUCGAAGCGAUAUAGCUUCUACAUGAAGUUGAUAGAGAUGCUUGAUGGUGAUGGAGAUCAUAUUCCUGACAUCUUAGAAAACGAUUCUGAUUCUGACGGAGCUCCAGACUUUUUGACUGACGAUGACAAUGACGGAAUGCUAGAUCACUAUGAAGAUGAUGAUGGUGAUGGAAUUCCAAAUAUGCUUGAUCGUGACAGCAAAUUCUUCGUCCUCAAGGCGAAAAAACUCCCAAAGCAUAUUGAUAAGGAUGGAGAUGGUGUUCCAGAUCAUCUUCAAGGGGAUAAAGACGGCGAUGGAAUUCCGGAUUAUUUAGAUGACAAUGAUGGAGAUGGAAUUCCAGAUUUCCUGGAAGACGAUGAUCAUGAUGGAAUCCCGAAUUAUCUCGAUGAUGAUCAGAUUAUUGUCAAGAAGUCAAAACCUCAGUCAAAGAAGCCUUCGAAACAUAGAGCAUCAAAACGUUUGGCCGUUCCCGACUCUGAUAAUGAUGGAAUUUCCGAUUUGAUGGAAGAUGAUGAUGACGAUGGAAUUCCAAAUUUCUUGGACGAUUCUGACGGUGACGGAAUUCCCAAUUACAUGGAUAAAGAUAGUAAGUACUAUAUGAAAGGAAAGUCGAAAAAUCUCGCUCUGAUUGAUAAAGAUAAAGACGGCAUUCCGGAUAAUUGCGAUGGAGACAGUGAUGGUGAUGGAAUUCCUGAUUAUAUGGAAGAUGCGGAUGGAGACGGUAUUCCAGACUGUAUUGAUUUGGAGGUGAAAGCUCAUGUUCAUGUACCGAAGCAGAAUUCAAAAAUAGCUCGGUUUGUUGAUUCUGAUGGAGAUGGUGUUAUGGAUCAUCUUGAAGAUGAAAACGACGACGGAAUUCCAGAUGCUUUGGAAGGAGAUGUCAAUGGAGAUGGAGUUCUUGAUUAUCUGGAGGAUGCUGAUAACGAUGGCAUCCCGGAUUACCUGGAAGAUGCUGAUGGAGACGGAAUACCAGAUUACUUGGAUGCAGAUCCUAGCAUCUUUACUCUAACACAUUUCAAACAAGCUCGACUCUCCUCUCGAAUCGAUAAGGAUGGGGAUGGAAUUCCUGAUGCCUUAGAAGAUGAUUCCGAUGGAGAUGGAACUCCUGAUUACUUAGAAGAUUCUGAUGGGGAUGGGAUACCUGACUAUCUUGAAGACCAGGAUGGUGAUGGCAUACCAAAUUACUUUGAUACAGACACAAAUGCCGAUACUGAUCUCCCUAGUGUUAACCCUUCAGAUGAUAAUGAUGAUGACGAUGGUGAUAUCAGUGAUGAAAUCUUCCAACAGGAUUCGAAUAAUAAUGGAAUUCCUGAUUAUCUAGAGGACUGGGAUGGUGAUGGUAUACCAAAUUAUCUUGAAGAUGAAGAUAAUGAUGGAAUUCCUGAUUACAUGGAUAAGAAGGAUAACAGAAAGAAGGAUCGACCGUCCUAUAAGGUCCUGAAAGCACGAAGAAUGAAAGAUGAAGACGGUGAUGGAAUACCUGAUGAGUUGGAAGGAGAUUCUGACGGUGAUGGAAUUCCAGAUUAUAUGGAAGAUACUGAUGGAGAUGGCAUCCCUGAUUAUCUAGACGACGAUGUCGAUGGUGAUGGAGUUCCUGACGAUGAAGAUGAUGAUGAUAAAGAUGGAAUUCCUGAUUAUCUAGAAGGAGAUUCAGACGGUGAUGGCAUUCCGGAUUACUUGGAAGAUGAAGAUGGAGAUGGUAUUCCUGACUAUUUGGAUGAUGACUCAGACGGUGAUGGAAUUCCAGACCAUUUGGAAGGUGAUAGUGACGGUGACGGAGUUGCUGAUUACAUUGAAGAUUCUGACGGUGAUGGUAUACCAGAUUACUUGGAUAGGGAUGACGAUAAUGAUGGGAUUCCUGAUGAUUUAGAUGCUGACACAGAUGGAAAUGGAAUCCCUGACUAUUUAGAGAAAGAUUCCGAUGGUGACGGCAUUCCAGAUUAUGAAGAAGACGAGGAUGGUGAUGGAAUUCCUGAUUACCUUGAUGACGAUGAUGAUGGAAACGGAAUCCCUGAUCACUUGGAAAAAGAUUCUGAUGGAGAUGGUAUUCCAGAUUAUAUGGAAGACUCGGAUGGCGAUGGUAUUCCUGAUUACUUAGAUACUGACGAUGAUAAUAAUGGGGUACCAGACUCUAUUGACACUGAUGACAACGGAAAUGGAAUUCCAGAUUACUUGGAGGGAGAUGCUGACGGUGACGGUGUUCUAGAUUACAAGGAAGACACAGAUGGUGAUGGAAUCCCUGAUUAUUUGGACAAUGACGACGACAAUGAUGGAAUUCCUGAUCACCAAGAUAAGGACCAUCCCUCUUUCAGGGCGGUUAAAACGCCUCUUAAGAAAAAGCCUCUGAAGCAGAAAAAGAUUCCGAACUGGCAUGUCUGUAACUGGUCUGUUACACUACUUAUUUCCAUUUUAGUAGUAGAUUCGAAUAUGAACGGUCGUCCCGAUCACCUAGAAAUGCAAGACUCAGACGGCGAUGGAAUUAUCGAUCUUUAUGACGACGAUGACGAUAAUGAUGGAAUUCCAGAUAGUGAAGAUGACGAUGAUGACAAUGAUGGAGUUCCGGAUAUCUACGAAGAUGAAGAUGAUAAUCAGAUGUUGGACUACUUGGAAGCGAAAGAUUCAGACGGGGAUGGCAUUCCAGACUAUCUCGAUGAUGACGACGAUAAUGAUGGAAUUCCCGACCAUCAAGAUGAUGACGAUGACAAUGAUGGGAUUCCUGAUGAGGAAGAAGACGAAAACUUGAACCGCGUUCCUGAUACCGAGGAGAUGGAAGAUUCUGAUGGUGAUGGUAUUAUCGACUUGAUCGAUACGGAUGACGACAACGAUGGAAUUCCAGAUUACAUGGAUGACGACGAUGACGGUGAUGGAAUCCCUGAUGAUAAAGAGGACUCCGAUGGUGAUGGUGUUCCAGACUUUAAAGAGAAGACUCGGCCCCCAGGCAAAAUACCUUCUCCACCAAGCAAAAUCAUCAAGGCCAAAAUUGCGAACUCGCCAUCCAUGGCAAAGCCUGUGAAGUCAAUUUUUGAUCAAAAGCCCGUGGAAGUGCUUGUUCAGUCUCCCCAACCGAUUUCGAAAUCAGGAGACAAAUUGAGAAGAGCGAAAAGUAAUAAUUUGGAUGAGGAGGAAGAGGAGGAACUAGAUGCCAUUUCCCUUCCCACCAUUCGAGCGAAUAUUCGCAUCACCGUUGACGCAGAGAAAAUUCCUGCUAAGAAGCGUGCUGAUGAAAAUUCCGUGAAAUCCGUCUUUGGAAAGGCCCCUCAACCCAAGAGAAAAGCGACCGCUUUUGAGGUUGACGAAGACGAUAAACCAACAAUGCUUCGACAAAUGGUUCAAAGUGUUCUUCGGCACAUGGAGGCCAUAUUCGGUGUAGAGGAAUAG